AUGCCCGGCUCUGAUGCACAUGCAGCAUGAGCGACAGUCCGACAGCAACCCCAACUCCCGCCAACAACAAACCGAGGAGUCCCACCUGAGAGACCACUGGAAGCCGUCAAAAACCCAACAGUCGCAACAAUCUGAUUGUGAAGACCCCCGUGCCAAGCCUUCGCAGACGGAGGACUCCUUUCUCCGGAAACACCACACCCCCUGGAACCUGGACAAUGGGCCGUCGUGCUCAUGCGCGGUAAAGAGGUCCAAGUCCGCCGAUCCACCAGCGGUUAAAGGCACGUGUGCGUGCAAGAGAGAUGCCCAUCCAUGUGGGCUGGGUCACCAGGAAAAACCCAGCUCGAAGAAGCCCUCCUCCCACAAGACAUCGGGGUCGGGACCAGAGCACGCUCCCUCAUUCAAGAGUGCUUUAACAGCUUGCACCAAGGAACUCCUCGAUCCCUGCACUUGUGGCUCCACCCCACCAUACUGGGCUGGUCAAAGCAACUUGGUAUCCGGACCAUCCUACAGUAGGGCAAUGGACCCCUCCAAAUCCUAUAAGAGUUUGAGCACUCUCGCUCCCAUGCAUGAACCAAAAGCAUCUAAAGGCAGCCUCGGUCGAUCCAAGAGUUUGGCCAGUCUGUCCAGUAAACCUAAUCAGCCAACCCAGAGUGGCGUCACUUGGUUGUCCGCCUUAAAGGAUCCGGAGAGUGAAUGCUGCCCUGCCAAAGAAAAGCCGUGCGCUCCAUGUACCUACAACGCUACUCAGACUAAUCAGGAUCCUUCAAUGAAUUCACUUCCUCAGAACCACCGAAAUUACCGCAGUAUGACAUCCAAGUCCAGUGCUUCCAGGCCGACCAACCCGUGCAAUCAACCCUCCUUUGGGGCAGGCGAUGAGACCUCGGCCACCACCCGAUCCCAGUCGGUCGUAGGCAUGGUCACCUGCCUAUGCGGAUCGGAUCAUCAGUCCGCCAAGGGCUUUGUGUCGAGCCUGGCCGAUCGGGAGUGCGCCGAGUGCGCAGAUAAGAUCCAGAUUGUGCCCUGCCCCUCCACAAGAAUACAGCAUCCAUCCGGGUUUGCCCAGUUCAACGAUUGUCAGAACUCGCAAGUCGACCCCAGUCCCUCUGCGCGUUCCAGGAAGGUGAGCGUUAAGGGUCACGAAGAGUUUUGCGACUGUGAUGCUUCUGAUAACGACUCCGAGUUGUCCGAUCCAAUCCAGACCAGUCUUCAUACGCACAGGAGUCUCUCCGGGGGUAGUUGCCUGUGCAAAGGCGACGCAACUCCUCCGGAGGAACCCGCAAAGCUAACGUGUGUCAGCAAGCAAUGCCAGUGCUCUUCGAAGGACGACCUUCGUGGGAUGCAGAGUGCCCAGGCGGCCACUGGCUACCAGACACCAGAGGAUCCAUGCGGGAAUAGAAACAUGGCCUGCUGCUCGCGAAAAGAGCGCGUCCUCAUACUGAUGGAAAAACUCACCAGUCCUGGGUGCGAUUGCGGGGUAUCUCGCCCCUGCCUGACCAAGCAACUUUUCCGGGAACUGACACUGCUCCUGAGAUCGGAAAAAGAGGAUGCAGUUGCUCCAGCGGAUGAGGCAAGCCCGCCAUGUCUGACCUUCGAUGAGUGCUGUACGGCCCAACAUGAUCGCAAUGGCGAGGAGGAUCCAGUCGAAAAACCCCUGUCAAAGAGGGAGCUCCAACGAGUCGAGUGCUUCCAUCAGCUGGAGGAAUACCUCUGCAAGUGCUUCCUGCCGCCGGCAGAACUUCAGAUCCCUGAGACCGACAUCUAUGCCUUCGAAGUGGAUCCAGAUUUUCCACCAGAACCCAAGCCGCCAAAAUCACCCCAGGAAAAGGACAAAAUGAAACCUUGUCAGUGCCCGGAGCCAUUCUUUGACAUUGGAAAUGCACUAACCUGUUCAGGCGAUGGUUUGGAUGAUGACAUCUUCCGUGACUGUGAGGACGACGAGGAUGUUAAAAAGUGCGACUGUAAGGAUGAUGAUAAAUUAGCCACGGAGCCGGAUCUCUGUCAAUCUCUUAAAGCAUUCAUCGACAAGGAACUGCAAGAAAUUCUUGCGGAGGAGACCAAUAAGGAAGGCGACGAAGGCGAAGAACCAAAAACACCUACCACAGUACUCAAGGAAAUCUGUGAGAGACCUCCAGUCGCGGUGCUGCCGGAAGAAGAAAAAUCCGACAAAAUUGAGUGUCCAUUUUCGGGCAUGGUGUCCUGUCCUCCAUGGACCACACAGCAAACGGACUGGGCAGCCUUCCCCUACAACUUGGAUCCCUGUGCGCAAAAGGAGUCACCUAGCCCGGCGCCCAAGGGUCCACGUACCGGACUGUUGCCCGAUGGACCUCUGUCACCCGAUGUGAGAAACCUCUGCGAGCAGCUGCUCCGAAAAGCGCUCAGGGAUUGUGGACUAUGUGGUGACGAUGGAAGUUUGUACUCCUGCGAGGAUGAUGCAUGCGAAGUGUGCGAGCUCGACUGCGAGGAGUGCCCGGAAGAUUGUCCGUUGGAGAAAUGCGAGGAAUGCGAUGACGAGUGUCCCCCGGAAGAACAAGGAUGCCUAUGCUGCCACUGUCGCGCUCUCAUAUGCGACGAGGAGUGCAAGACGGUUUCCAAGACCCUGCGCUCCGGAAUGUGUGAUCCACUGUGCGAAAUAAAAUACUUCAUAGACUCGAUCAUCGUUGAUAUGCAUGCCAUGGACUGUGUGCUCGGCGACAAGCAAGCCAAACCAAAGCACAUUAAGGCAAAAGAAACGCCUCCAAGAGGUGGACCGGACGACAGCUUUCCCGUAAAAAUUACGGGCAUUUGCGCUUUGGGUGACACCGCCCUCUACGUCCGAUGGAGUGUGGAGGACUGUCGCGCUAUAGCAGGGUAUGAGAUUUACAUGGAUGGGCAUUUGAAGAACCGGUUCUACAGUUUUCGUCACGAGGCCGGAGUUAUCACCAAUGUGGAUGUGACCAAUCCGCACCUGAUUGUGCUGCGUGCCCUGGCGGUGGGGCAGGAGUUCCCCGGCGAGGGUCCUGGCAAGGAUGGGGCCCAGGACUGCGGCUGCCAGGAGAUGGCACUUGCUCAUCCCGAACUGAAGGCGGGAGCUCAGAGGCCGUGGUCGCCCAGUUUCUUCUAUUAUGAUCCCAAUCAAUUGCCGCCGACGGAGGGCGUGCAAUAGUGCUAGUCAAGAAUCAUAUAUAUCGAAUAUCGAAUACCGUCGGAUAUCAACGUUAUCGGAACAAAGGAGCUGAACGCUCCCUCACUUCUUAGCUUGUACAUAUAGCGUAUUUAUAUGUAGUGUUUGUUAAGAGUUCUUUACCUGGAGAAUACCAAUUGAAAUUAUCUGUACGUAGUGCUUUUCAUAGUGCCUUAAAUCGUAGUACUAGAUCGUAAGCAAAGAUCAAUGCAUUGUAAAGGAAUUGAAAGCUCCAUUCAGAUGGCACGUUUAAGUUCACAACCAAAAUCACUUUGAAUAAAUGAAUCUCAUUGUUAGAGAUGAAAAAGUUA